CGAAAGGUGGAAGACUUUGGAGAUGGCUUCCCCAUCGAUGAAGAAGCCAACAUCCGACCGCGAGGCCGCAAUCCAAGAGGUCGUCCGAGGGCGCGAGCUCGCUGCCCGGCUUCACUCCCUCCUUAGCGUCGAUCCCCGGAGAGAGCUGGUCCAUGGCCUCAUGGAAGAGGUAUCGCAAUCUUUUACGAGGGCUCUGUCACUUCUAAAGCCUACCGGCAUCUCGGAAGCAAUCCAAGAGCUGGCGUCCAUGGAGGAGGACUCAGUUUGUUCUGGCAAUCAAGGAAGCGAGGCUUCUGGUGAGAAGGUGAGGACCAGUCCUCACGCUAAAGGAGUUCAUAGUCGAAGGAGGCCUCUGCAGUCGUGGACAAUUUUUACAUCUACCCCCCAUCAUGACGGCCACGAGUGGAGGAAAUAUGGGCAGAAAAAGAUCCUAAGCUCAGACUUUCCAAGAAGCUACUAUAGAUGCACUCAUAGAGACGACCAAGGGUGCCCGGCAGCUAAACUAGUGCAGCAAAAGGACUGUAAUGACCCGCCCAUGUAUGUAGUCACUUACAUCAGGCAUCAUGCGUGCAAAAAAGGCUUGCCCACUCCCCAACUUCCAGUAAACUGUUCUCCCAGUGAGCCAUGCAUGCUUAGCUUUGGAUCAGACUGGAGUGGGAUCAAACAAGUCCAAUCUUUGCUUUCAUCCUUCAACUCCACAGGUGAAGGUCAUAUGGGAGAUGAUGUAAUAAGCGCAAAGUUCGAUGCUAUCUCAUCGUCUAAUGAUCCCCCAUCUCUGGAUCUAACAACGCUCGAGUCAUUGGACCCGGCAGGGGAUGAUAUGCUUUCAGGCAUGAGCUUCUCUCCAAAUUCAGAUGGUUUUGACAAGCACUUGCUGAUGGAUCCAUGGAAUCUUGAUGGACUUGGAUUCGGUGAUGACUCUUGGAGUUUUUUGGAGGUCUAAUUUGAAUUGCAUCACCUCAUUUUUAGCUCCUUUCAACUGCAUAUCAUUUGUUGCAGUUUGGGAAUCAUUGUCUUGCUCGCAGCUGAGAGGGAAUAAUUAACGGUGAGAAGGCGUGGAAAGAAUUUACAAAUAAAUGUAAGCAGAGAACGUUUUAUUGUGCAACUUUCUACUUUUUCUUUUUGCAUUGUGCUGAACUCAUAUUCAA